GUCGGAGGCGCUCAUCGAUGCGGGCCGAGUUCGCGAGCCGCUGUCAGCGCUAUGGUGCAGAAGCAACGCCGUCCACCGACCUGGAGUCACGUUGUUUUGGCGCGCAACAGAUGACUCGCAUCGUCGCCGGAGCGUGAAAGAACGAUGCGUCAGCGGGAUAGCCGCUACGGGGCGACGGUAAUGAGUUCUCGCUGGAAGAUGCUUGCACCGGUGGUCGAGGGGACAAUGAUUGACGGACGUUGCCGGCGAAGUUGUUGCUGGACUUUGCUUGCGUUGGCGACGCUUUGCUUCUGCGGGACUGCCGUGCAGGGCCGCUAUCAAGCCGUCACAGUGGAGCCUCGCACAGUCAGUGCGUUGGAAGGCGGCCAGGCACAGCUCAACUGCGACCUCAGGGCUCCCGCAUCCGACGACUUCGCGGUGCGUAUCCGCUGGCUCAAAGAGCAUGCCGAACCAGGAAGCGAGGGUGAACCUGGCGGUGGCACGGUGCCCGUGUACAGCGUAGACGUCAACUCUCGCACGGGGAGCCUGUCGCAGAUCCGCCAGCGCACCCACUUGGGCAGCCUCCGCGGCAGGGCCUACUUCUCGGUCAUCCAAACACCGGCAGUGCUCAAUGUUGACCGGCUGAGAAGCAGCGACAAUGGGACCUACGUGUGCUCGGUAGAUUUCAAGAUGGGCUGGACACGCACAGCUGUUGUCCACCUAGUCGUCGUCGUGGAGCCUCGCACAGUCAGUGCGUUGGAAGGCGGCCAGGCACAGCUCAACUGCGACCUCAGGGCUCCCGCAUCCGACGACUUCGCGGUGCGUAUCCGCUGGCUCAAAGAGCACGCCGAACCAGGAAGCGAGGGUGACCCUGGCGGUGGCACGGUGCCCGUGUACAGCGUAGACGUCAACUCUCGCACGGGGAGCCUGUCGCAGAUCCGCCAGCGCACCCACUUGGGCAGCCUCCGUGGCAGGGCCUACUUCUCGGUCAUCCAGACGCCGGCAGUGCUCAACGUUGACCGGCUGAGAAGCAGCGACAAUGGGACCUACGUGUGCUCGGUAGAUUUCAAGAUGGGCUGGACACGCACAGCUGUGGUCCACCUAGUCGUCGUCGUACCUCCGAAACGACCGCUUAUCACAGACGAAAAUGGCACUGAAAUUCGAAACCUUACACGUCCAUACGAAGAAGGCGAGGACUUGACUCUUGUGUGCGACGUUUAUGGUGGACAGCCGGAGCCCGUGGUGACGUGGUGGCGCGGGUCCCAGCUACUGCAGCAGGCACUGAGCAGGGCUCCUGACGGUCACCCCAGGGCCACCCUUCUGCGGCUGCGGCUAACGCGUGCUGACUACCGGGCGAAACUAACGUGUCGUGCGGUCAACAGCAACGUCUCGGAACCGGCAACAGCCAGCGUCAUUGUCAACAUGCACCUGCAACCGAUCGCUGUUGAAAUCAAGGGAAACAGAGGCCCACUUUCAGCUGAAAUGUCAACACAGGUCAUUUGCCAAGUCGAAGGAUCUCGACCGCCAGCCUCUGUGCGCUGGAUGCUGGGAUCCAGAGAGCUGAGUGACUACGCCACGCGGGCGACUUCGAGUGAGACCACACUGAGUGUGCUCAGCUUCGUCCCUAGCGCCUGGCACCACGGCGAACGCCUUCGGUGCCUGGCAUCCAACACGUUUUGCACCAGGCAGCCGGAGACGCCCAUGGAGGACUCCUGGACACUGGACAUACAUUAUGCUCCUAUCAUAGAGCUCCGCCUGGGAAUCGGGCUGAAUGCUGCGCAUCUGCACGAAGGUAUGGAUGUGUACUUCGAAUGCUACGUGCGUGCCAACCCCCCAGUCGGCGAAGUCUCGUGGACGUUCGAUGACAGGGACUUGCACACAAACUCCGGACGAGGCAUCAUUGUGAGCAACCAGUCGUUGGCACUGCGAUCUGUGAACCGCACGAACAGCGGCUCUUACGCAUGUCAUGCUGCUAACUCCGAGGGCGAAGCGAGCAGCGUCAGCCAUGACUUGCGAAUACAAUACGCUCCCGUGUGCCGCACGUCUCAACAGCGACGUACCUACUCUAUCGGCAAGCACGACACUGUGCACGUCACCUGCGACAUGGAAGCAGAUCCGGUCCCAGUGACGUUCUCGUGGGGCUAUCGUCAGGGCAAUCGUGACUAUCCACUUGGGCCGGACGCCUCCUUCAGUUCGCCCGCCGGCCAACCACUUCGUUCCGUGCUACGAUACACACCACGACAUGACGCUGACUACGGGACGCUCAGCUGCGGCGCCAGUAAUCCCAUAGGUGACAGCAGACGGCCUUGCAUAUUCCAGGUAGUACCGAUAGGCGGUCCAGUGCAGCCGUCCAACUGCGUUGCACGAGAGGCGACCUCGGAUGCAUUGCUGGUGUCGUGCCAACGGCGUAGUGGUGCGCCAGAGAACCAAGAGUUCCUGCUGGAACUCAGGGACGGGCCCCCUCAAGCUCCCAUCAAGGCAAACUUGACGACAGCGGGACAGCCCAGCUUUAGGGUUCAUUCUCUGCAGCCGGGAACGCUGUAUCGGCUGGCCGUGUACGGCGUCAACGCAAACGGCCGCAGUGAACCCGUGCAUCUCACGGCAUACACUCUGCCUGUUGAGCAGGAACUGCUGGGCCAGGAGGCUGGACUGGAAAUCAACACCGGCACCCUCGUUGCCGCUGUCCUGAGCGCUGUGGCAGCGUUCCUCGUGGUCUUCAUUGCACUCAUGAUCAUGAAGCUGCGGCACAAGUUCAUUGUCAGAAAUGCUACGAAUGGUUGGAAUCAAGGUGACAGGUAA